AUGUGCGACGUCGAGAAGAUGUUUCACAGAUUUCACGUCAAAGAGGUAGACCGAGACUUUCUGUGGUUCUUGUGGUGGGAAGGUGGAAACACGGAUUCUGAGCCCAAAGAGUAUCGCAUGAAGGUCCAUCUCUUUGGAGCAGCCUCAUCUCCGGGGUGCGCCAACUACGGCAUGAAAUACCUCGCUACCCAAAAUGAGAAGGAAUUCCCUUUGGCAGCUGACUUCAUCAAAAAGAACUUUUAUGUUGAUGAUGGCAUCACAAGCAUCAAGUCUGUGGACACAGCCAUCAAGCUGGUGGAAGAAGCUCAAGCUGUGUGUGCCAAAGGGCAGCUACGUCUCCACAAAUUCAUCUCCAACGAACGAAUGGUUCUUGAGUCAAUCUGUGAGAGUGAAAGAGCUAAAGAAGUGAGGGACGUAGAUCUAAGCCACGAUGAUCUCCCAGUCCAAACAGUACUUGCAGUGCGAUGGAAUGUAGAGAGGGACGUCUUCUCCUUCAAAGUCUCACUGGAUGAGAAACCAAUGACACGCCGGGGUAUUCUCUCCACCGUAGCCUCCGUGUAUGACCCACUGGGGUUCCUGGCUCCAUUUCUCCUGACAGGAAAGCAAGUGCUUCAGGAGAUAUGUCAGAAAGGUGUCGGCUGGGAUGAAUUACUUCCCGAUGAGUUGAAGCCAAGGUGGGAGAGCUGGGUCAGUGACCUUAAGAACCUGGAAAAGAUACAAAUUCCAAGAUGUUACUCUCCUGCAAACUUUGGAAAGAUCCUGAGAACUGAGCUGCAUCACUUCUCAGAUGCCAGCAGUCAAGGUUACGGUCAGUGCACAUACAUAAGAUUUGUCAGCGAGAACAAAGUACACUGCACCUUGGUAAUGGGCAAGGCAAGGGUUGCCCCCACAAAAGUUGUCACGAUACCGAGGCUCGAGUUAACUGCUGCCGUGAUCUCCGCUGCUGUGAGCAGCAUGCUGAAGGAGGAGUUAGAGCUCAAGGUUGACAAAGAGUACUUCUGGACUGACUCGCAAGUAGUCCUGGGUUAUGUCAGCAAUGAGGCUCGGCGUUUCCACAUCUUCGUAGCAAACAGGGUCCAGAGAAUCCGUGAAACAACAAACCCCCAACAGUGGCAUUAUGUCGACACAAAUGAAAACCCUGCUGAUUACGCCUCCAGAGGCCUCAACGUUUCCGAGCUGAUCAACUCCAGCUGGUUCCAAGGACCCAAGUUCCUUUGGGAACGAGAGCUCGACAUCAAGCAGGGCACAUCAGAGCUGCUGGUGGGAGACCCCGAAAUCAAGUCUGGGGAUCCGCUCCGCCUGCCGCUCUUGCCGCCUGCCUGCUCCUAG